UUUCUCUAAAUCCACUGAUGCAACAGUGGAGAUCAGGCCUCCAUCAAAGAGACCGCAAUCCUUUUGCAGCGAGAAAAGCUCAGAAUUGAAGCAAAAAUGUCCCUCGAAAACGCGUCGGAGCACGUCUGCUAUGUUCAGUGCAACCUAUGCAACACCAUUUUAGCGGUUAGUGUUCCAGGAAGCUGCUUGUUCACUAUUGUAACAGUAAGAUGCGGGCAUUGCACCAAUCUGCUCUCUAUGAAUAUGGGAGCUUUGUUGCAGACCAUUCCUUUUCAUGAUCUUCAGAACCAAAGCGUGGCCCCUCAGGAGCGUCAGAGAAUGGAAGAUGGGUCUUCCUCCAAAUCUAUUAAGGAUUCCGAGACGAUCCCCAGUGAGAAUGAAGAACCAAGAACAAUACCUAAUCGACCACCAGAGAAGAGGCAACGCGUUCCAUCAGCUUACAACCGCUUUAUAAAAGAGGAAAUCCAAAGGAUCAAGGCUAGAAAUCCCGAGAUAACCCAUAGGGAGGCCUUCAGCACUGCAGCAAAGAAUUGGGCUCACUUCCCUCAUCUUCAUUAUGGAUUGAGCCUGGAAAGGAACAACCAAGUCACAUUGGAUGAAGUAUUAGUCAAUGAGGGGUCCCAAAGCGACCCAAUCAUCCACCAAGCUGUGUAUAGAAGCAUUGAAGUCCGUUUCUUUCUUCUAAACUUUCGAGACUAAUUUUUAAUUGCUUUUGUGCCUUUGUAAUAUGCACCCAUCAAGACUGAGCACUUCUCUUUGAGCCCUCCCUCCUGGAGGCAAAGAUUCGGGUUUUGCUCCCAGUCUUUCCAAAAGCUUGUGUUUGUCCUUUGUUUUUAAAUAGUUAUCAUAAGGCUUGCUUUCUGUC